CGGGCUCGUUACCGUGUCACGUGCGGCAGGCAGUAGUAGCGUACAGACACGUGAGUGGCCGCGUUGAACGGCGUAACAACAUGGAGGCCUUCUGCUGCUCGACGCACGUACAGCGAUAACUUUCUUACUUUGCAGCAAUGGAUCGGGAAAGACUAGCUGUGUCAUUUUGAUGGAUACAGAAUGGCACCUGCACAGAAUAACUCCUUUGAUUUCUACAUGGCUGAAAAUAUAUACAGUGAUGUUCCUAGUGACACAGAAGAGACAAACUUUGAUUCUCUUUUGGACCAAUGCAAGAUUCCACCUUACCAAGAUACGCAGCAACAACAGUGUAUGUCUGACACUGGUGGAAUGGGUGAUGUGGGUGAGGGGUUUGACCUUAUGUGUGAUAUCAGCUCUUCACACCUCACCUUGGAGGAGGAUGUGGAGCAAAGUGUAGCAAGCUCUGUUUCAGCAAGGUGCGAUGUGUCCUUGGGUCCCUCCAGCACGUUUGUUAAUGUUAGUCACAGAAGUCCAAGUCCACUCUCAGCUGUUUCACAGGCAGCUACUGCUGGUACACAUUUUGACUCCAACUGGCCAAGUGUUUCUGAUGAUGAUGGUGACAGUUGUUCCAUGCAAAAAGAAGAAAAGGAAGUGAACAGUACUGUUGGCCAGAAUAAAGAGUCACCUGUUGAAAUUCCAAGCCGACGACAGCCUCUGCCUGAUUACCAGACCAUGACACCAUGGACCAAUGACAGCUUACGUCAAGCCAGUAGCAUAUUUUACCCUCCAAGUCAUGAAAUUCCUUGUUUCAUGUUGAAUCCAAAUGUUUUGGAGGGUCAAGAGAGGACCAAAAGUCCAAAAGCCUCACCACCCCAGCACUCUCCAUCUGUUAACCGAUCUUCUACAGCUGUCACCACAACAGUAGACAGCCCGACUCUUAGGCAGCCCAGUCUUGUCUCUCGCAUGUAUGCUUCAAAGGCAUCGCUUCCUUCAUUAGCUGCACAACGUCUCAGUAGAGAAAAACGGUUUAGAAAAACGGCUGAAGCCUUGCAUAAAUGUGGUUUGUGGGACAUAGCGAUGAAGACAGGCACCUUGGUGAAACGCAAUUCUGAACUGCAAAAGGAGAUAGAUGCAUUUCGGGCUGAGGCCAUGGCAUUCCUAAAAUCUGUGAUCAGAAACCCAGAGAACAAAGAUCUGAGACUGUCUUCUGCCUCUACAUACAGCUUACCCACAACACAAAACUGGUCAGUCAAAGGCACAGAUAGUGGAGAUUCAGACAUGUCCACUGUGGGUGGCAAUAAAAUUUCAAGCAGCUGCAGCUCCACUACCAGUGGCUACACAACAUGUCACACUGGUAGCAGCAUCAGGCAGUCUAGUCCAAGCCUGAAGUGACAAAGUCAGCACAUAGCUUUUAACUUGGCCUGUUUCUUUGGGAGUCAUGUGGGGUCAAGCUUAUUACUGCAGAAAGUGUGCUAUCAGACCCACCAGCAAUUUAUUAACAGUUUUAAUUAAGUCUUGCUUUCUUUUUGCCUGAAAAUUUAUACAGCAUCCCCUAUAAAGCUAAUAAUUUAGAGGGGAACUGGACUUAACCCUAUCAAAGUUCUAAACUAAUAUGGUUAAAUGUCUUUAAGAAUGUAUGCAGUGAGAUACUGUCAUAACAGGAUCUUAUGAGAGCAAUAUUUUGAGAGAGUGUUGUACUACAGAAUCAAAAUGCAUCACAAAGAUCUAGUUUAAUUAUGUGUAUUUAUGCUGUCAAAAUAGGCACUACUAAUUUAAACAUUUAUCAGGUCUUUCAUCAUUUACAGUUUGUUGGGUAGGAACCACAGUUCAAGGUUUGAUAGUCUUAAAGUGCUGUCUUCUAUAAAGCAGAAUGCAGUAUGCUUUUUAUGAUAGCUGCCAGUGAAACAGAAAAGCUUUUAUCUCAACUAAAUUCUUUGGGUUAAGUUUUUUCUGAUAGCUGAGUUUCACUAACUUCAAAGUAUGUUCCUGUGUCACUCCGAAGAGAUAAAAAGUUGAUUAGACUACCCUUACCCUUCUCCAAAUUUAUUUGAAACUGGGAGAGACUUGCGCAUCUCUAUAUUAAUAUAUUCUACUAGACUUUUGUUGAAUUGGCUAUGGAGUGCUCUUUAUCCACCAAGCUUUGCAGAGAUUCAGUGUAGCUGCUGACUUUGCCACUACAAACUUUCUUUACAAUAAUUACCAGCCACAGAUGGUAAACUCUUUGUGUCUGUGAUGAGACCAGUUUAGGGAGUGUUGCCUGUAUUGAAACACUUAGCAGCAAGCAUAUCAUGUUUCAUCACUUGCUUAUCAUAAGCCACCACUGUAGCAAAGAUGAUUUACUACAGUGUUUGCUGUCAAAAUAUGUUUUCUAAGGUGUAAUAUUUUUUUUGGCAUGCUCAAAAUAUUUUUUAAAAAGUAAGUUGUUUUACAAAAUGCACAAAUUAUGUUUCAGUGCACAAACACAGAGUUGCCAUAACACAGAGUGAUAGGAUUAAUGAUGUAAAUAUUCUUUGUUCAUUGAGUUCUUUUAAGAGGAUCUUUGCAGCCAUCGCAGAAUUUCUCUUAGUGAUGUUAAGUUUAUCAGUGCUGUUUUGACUAACUGCCUAGUGCUUUUGCUUUAGUUAGAAGAUGUAAGAGAUGUAUCUGAUUAGAUGCUGACACAAAACUUAAUAGACUUUCCUCGAGAGUAAACUUAAGUUAGGGAGUGAUUGUUUUUCAGGUUGUAAUCUGUUCUACAUAUCACUUUUACGGGGCUGUAAAGCAGCAUCCAACAUCAUUUCUGGUGUUUCUUUGAAUGAGGUGUUCAUCAGUGCUACAUGUGGAAUCUUUAGAAUGCCAUAUACUUUUGCAUUGUUUUUGUAUUUAAAGUUAUUACCAAUAUUUCUUUAAUAAGAUUAGUUUUAUGGGAAAAGUAAUAAAGGGUAUAACAGAAAUACCUCUAUAUCUAUUAUGUACAAUCACAUGUAUACUUCUGAGCAAACACGUUUUCUCGCGUCUUAUUAUAUCAUGAAUUUGUGCAUUUUUAAGUGACCUGUAUUAUGUUGAUUAUUGAACUUAAAGCUCCCGAUAUAUAAAUUGAGCAUUUGUUAGAAAUUUUUUCAUUUCUUUAAAUUUAACAACUGUUGUAGAUGUUGUUUAAAGUAGACUAUCUCCAGUGGACCAGAUGGGGAGACAGAUUUCUCUUGAUGCUAAAUAGCAUUAAGAGUCUAAGUUCAUUGAACAAACUGGAUGAUCCAUUGUGCCUAAGACUUUAUGAUACAAUCACAAACUGUUCAAAAUGUUGGCAUAUGAACUAUAUUUUAUCUUGAGAACUCGCCAUAGUGACAGUGUGUAAAAUGAUCAAGUUUAUUACAUGAUGCUAAAUCUGAGUGGACAACUCCCUUUCCUUUACGAGAUUUAACUCAUGAUGAUCUACAUAAAUGUUAUGGGUGUGACCUCAUUCUGUGCAUACUAUUGUCAAAGUUUGAGAAUAUGAAUAUGCUUCAUUUGCUGUUUACACGACUGUCAUUUUGUCUGGUGUGACAUCAGAGAGUUUACCUCUUUUUGUGAAUGUUGCAUCUCACAAUCAGAAAAUGGGCUAUUGUCCAGACAUGGAAAAUUAGUGUCUAGUAAUGAUUCAAGUCAUUUUCUUUAAAACUUCUUUGUUUCCAGUGUAUUAAGUAAAACUAAGCUCACAGCAAGAAAUACCCUUUACAAACACUGUGUUUUCUGUUAAAGUUGUUUGUUACGGGGAGGGGUAAAAAAAUUUAUAAAAGCAGUAAUAACUGGCUGGAAGUUUAGUAUGUUCUCUCAGUUUAUAAGUGUCUUAAAUGAGCUAUCUGUGUAUUUUCUGAGUGAAUCUUUUUAAUGGCAUGUCCUUGUUAACCAAUGGUAUUUGAAUCUGUGGUGUAACAGCAGUUUGAGAGCUUUUAUGAAUUGUAAGUCUUUGGCAUGGAGGAAGCAUAUGGUUUGUAAUUAAGCUAUUAUAAUUAUUCAACUGUUAGCACUUAUUGAUUUACGCAGUUUCAAAAAUGAGGGCAGUUGAAGCAAACAUGAUACAUCUCUUAUGCAUGAAUAGGGCUAACUCAGCAUGUUGUCACUUUGUGGCAACAAGCAUCUCAAGUAGUCUUGUGUGCGACUGCACUUCUGACAGAAAACAAGGGAUGACCUCAAGCAAUCACGUUGUAGGUUUAGCUACAAUUCUAAAAUAUGUCCAAUCAUUCAAAUGCUGUCAAAUUUGGAAUAAAAAGUGUUUUCAUGUACUAACAUUGAGCAACUAUCAUAGGAAAUUCCCAUCUGGUUACUUUUUCAUUUAGUCUGAUUAAGGGGCAAAAGUUUGACAUUUCAGUUACAAAGAUUGAUACAUGUACUGUACUAAUCAAAUAUUCGGUCACUUUCAGAGUACAUGUGCAUUUGCUGUCAGAGUUUCUGAGUUAGCUGCUUUUCACAUGGUCCAGACUUGUAAAUUAGCCAUCUUAGGUGUAGCUUAUAUAUCAUUUUUGGUUAAAAUAACUAUUCAUCUUUUACAAAAGUUUAAGAAUGUUCUUAAAAAAUGUAAUUUGCAAAUCCUAUUUAUCAAAUGAAAAAAAGCAAGAACAAGUUUAUACUUCUGAGAUGUAGUAAGUGAACUCAAAUGGAGAGUGCUUUGUAGGCCUUUUUAUCUCCCAAGCUUUUAUGACUGAAAGGUCAUUUAGCUGAGCUGAUGGUAUGCCUGUCUCCAUUUUUUUGGUUAAUGUAUAGUUGUGAAAAUAAAAAAAUAAAAAAAACUGGUACCU